AUGCCUGGCUUCGUCAGAAGUUGGUAUCGCGUUGCCAGCCAGCGAACUAUGAGCGACACAUCACAGCGAAAAGCACAGGUAGUGCUUGCACCAUCCCGUCCGGCUGUCACGGGGAAAAAGUCCGUGUUCCUUGCCGGGACGACGAGCAGAACGGGCGGGCCGGAAUGGCGGGAUGUCCUCGCUGAUGCACUGGCUCACCUUCCCGUGACCAUCUUCAACCCCCUCCGGCACGACUGGGACAGCACGUGGCGGGAAGAUAUCGACUUUGCACCCUUUCGAGAGCAGGUCGAGUGGGAGCUGGACAUGCAGGAACGGGCCGACGUGGUUGUCGUCUACUAUGGGCCAGCAACAGACGCACCUAUCAGUCUCCUGGAGCUGGGGCUCUGCGCACGCUCAGCCAAGGCCAUUGUUGCUUGCCACAAGGACUACAGGAAGAGGGGCAACGUCUAUAUUGUGUCCCAGAGGUUGGGAAUAGAGUUCCUGGACGCCGAAGACGACCUCGCAGCCUCGGUCAUUAACAGGCUCAAGCUACUCCUGGCCCAAGGUGACAGCGCUUGA